AUGUGGGACCAGGCAAGACUAAUGGAAGACACUUACACGCCAGAUGCCGCAGAGACGAUACAAAUUUCCUCGCUUGCCCUGAUAAAAAUGCUUAAGCAUGGAAGAGCUGGAGUUCCCAUGGAAGUCAUGGGCCUGAUGCUGGGGGAGUUUGUGGACGAGUAUACGAUCCGCGUGACUGACGUCUUUGCAAUGCCGCAAAGCGGGACUGGAGUCAGCGUGGAGGCUGUUGACCCUGUCUUUCAGACGAGGAUGAUGGAUAUGCUGAAAAUAACGGGGCGAGGAGAGAGCGUUGUUGGAUGGUACCACUCGCAUCCUGGGUUCGGGUGCUGGCUUUCCAGCGUGGACAUAAACACGCAGUCUGCAUUCGAGCAGCUCUCCAAGAGGGCAGUUGCUGUUGUGAUAGACCCAAUUCAGAGCGUGCGCGGAAAAGUCGUUAUUGACGCGUUUAGGCUUAUUCCCAUGCAGAAGUCGAUAACGGGAGUGGAGCCACGGCAGGUCACGUCGAAUAUUGGGUACCUGACGAAGCCCACUCUUGUGAGCAUGCUGCACGGCCUGAACAGGCACUACUACUCGAUAAACAUCCAGUACAAGAAGAACGAGCUGGAGGAGAACAUGCUCCUGAGCCUGCACAAGAAGACCUGGGCGGACUGCCUGAAGAUGGAGACGGUCAAGGACUUUGAGAAAAGAGCCAGCACCAGGAAGAAGGCAAUAAAGGAGCUGGGGGUUAUGCUCAAAAAGCGGGUUGAGGAGGAGAAGGCUGCGAAGGAGAUGAACGUCGAGCUGGAAACUGUUGGGAAGCUGGACGUGCGAAGAAGGAUUCUGCACGAGUCAGAGACCCUAAUGAGCGAAAACACAAUGCAGCAACUCAUUGCGCAUAUUCACAACAGAAUAUUUUCGUAA